AUGAUGCGCAAAUCCUCAGCCCAUUCCCAGGCCUGGCCAACCAUUACUCGAGCGGAACAGGUUGCAGGUCUACGCCACGACAUCCUCCCCAGAGCAGCGCCCUAUGACGCCCACCGCGACCAGCCUCUCGCCAAACGCAACCUGGACCAGAUCCUUAGCGCCUACCCAGACAUUAUAUCCAGGGAUGACACCAUCCGGUUCCAAUUCUCUGCCUUUAACACCACAUUCCAUCUCUACCUGGAACCAAAUACGGACUUUCUCCAUCCCGAGGCAGACCUUGGUCCCGAUGUUGUCGUAGACGAUAUUAAGGCAUUCAAGGGUAUUGUCAUCCAAGACCAAGACCAUGCUGAUCGCAAGUGGAAACGCGCCGCAACCACCUCGAGGAUCGCCAAAAGAACGGUUGAGCAUAUGCUGCACGAGGACGGGGUCGCUGGUUGGGCUCGCAUGAUGGUAGAACAUGACCCAGCAACCCCUGACGAGGUUGUCCUUCGAGGAGCAUUCAUGGUCAACGGAGACACGUACCAUGUGACUACACGACAACAUUACCAUGUUCAGAAGCGAUCGGAUGAUGCUGUUCCUAGCUACUUUCGACAACUCCCUGACAACAGCAUGGUCAUCUUCCGCGACUCGGACCUCUACAAACCAAGUCGCUUCCUCAAGACCAAGCGCGGACUCCAAGCAGAAGAAACUACCUGUGGAUCCGACACAAUGUUAAACAAAACUUCAGCCUACAUCGAAGCCACGUCAUCACAAGAGUACUACUACCCGCCCGACCGGACAUCGACCAUCCCCAUGGCUAAUUUUGAUGCCAGCUCGUCCUGGACUGACAUUCUUACUGCUCCUAUGUCAAAGCGCGGUGUUGCUAUCAAGGUCGCGGGUCCCAACCCCGUCCCUGCAGGAUGUCCUACCAAUCGAUUGGUCAACUACAUGGGUGUUGCUGCCGACUGUUCAUAUGUCCGAAACUAUGGAGGCACCGCUGGCGCCAGGAAACAGAUCUUUGCAGACUUCAACACGGCCUCAGGAAUCUAUGAGAGCACGUUCAAUGUCGCAUUGGGCGUGAUUGCCCUCAACAUCAAGACCGACAGCUGCCCCACGACACCCGUCUCUGGUGAAGAGUGGAACCAGGAUUGCUCAUCCGCAUACACCAUCGAUCAGAGACUCAGCGACUUCAGCCGUUGGAGAGGCCAGGACGGUCGGGAGAGCGACGGAGCUGGACUGUGGCACCUGAUGACUAAGUGCAACUCGGGUGCCGUUGUCGGUAUUGCAUGGACCAAGGCUCUUUGCCAGAUGAAAUCGCAGUCUCAGGGACAAGGUCAGAGCCUUCAAUACACUGCAGGAACCGGCGUCUCGUCCGUCACCCCCAACGAAUGGAUGGUUGUCAGUCACGAGGUUGGCCACGGCUUUGGUGCUAUUCACGACUGCACAACUGGAACUUGUCCCGCUGCUACUGGUCAGUGCUGCCCACUCUCAUCCUCCGUCUGCGAUGCCGGCGCACAGUUUAUUAUGAAUCCCUCGGAGCAGACACCCACAAAGACCUUCUCACCCUGCAGUAUCAAAGCCAUCUGUGGAACCAUCCAGAGUUCGUCAGGACAGUGUCUCAAACCCCCAGGAACUCGUCAGACUCAAAGCUCAGAGACUAACAUUUGCGGAAACGGUCUCAAGGAGUCAGGCGAGGAUUGUGAUUGUGGAUCGGCUGAGGAUUGUGCCAAGGACCCUUGCUGCGAUGGAACGACCUGCAAGUUCAAGGGUGGCGCCGUCUGCGAUGAUCUGAAUGACGAUUGCUGCCUGAACUGCCAGUUGCGAUCAGCAGGGUUUGUCUGUCGCGCGGCGAUCUCAGAGUGCGAUAUCCAGGAAGUCUGCACCGGCACCAACGCCACCUGCCCAACAGAUGUCCGUGUCGAGAACCUAACCCCAUGCAAUGGAUCCGACAACUCGACUUCAAGCCUUCAGUGUGCAAACGGUGUCUGUACUUCUCGCGACCUUCAAUGUCAACAGCAGGAUCGUCAGGGAAUCACCAAGGCAUGUGGCGCGUCGAACGGUUGCGACUUGAUGUGUAACGAUCCUGGUGGAAACUCGCUGGCCUGCACACAGAUCCCUGGAACUUACUUUUUGGACGGCACAACUUGUGGAUUCGGAGGCACCUGUACCGGUGGGUCGUGCAAGUACAGCAAUGGGAUUCAGGGAGUGCUAGGAUGGGCAAAAGGGCACUUGUCGAUUGUGAUUCCGGUUGGUGUUGUCCUCGGUCUUAUCUUGCUCUGCUGCAUCUGGAGCUGCUUUUCAGGAUGCUGCCGUCGCCGUCGUCAAACAGCAGCUUACCGCAAGCGAUCAGGGAGCCGGCCCGUAACAGGAUCAGGUCGAUCAAGAGUCGGUCCUCCUUACGGCCCCGAUGGCACUGUUCAGGGAGCUCAGCAUGGCGGACAACAAUACCCGAUGGGACCUGUGCCGCCAGCCCCGCCACCAGCCAUCUACCACGAUCCUAAUGCGCUUCGUCGCGAGGACCAGGAGAUGCAAUGGGCACUUGAGGAGAGCCGAAGGGAGCACGAGCGCCAACAGUCUCAGCAUGCUCGUCAUAUGAGCGGAUCAGACCUGUAUGCACCACCAGCAGGAGAUCCUCCAACAUCGUCCUAUUCCCGUAAUGGCGCGUCUGUCGUGGAUACACCGCGUGUGGAAGAUGCAAAUCCAAACCCCUUCCAGACCACGACGGCUCAGUUCCCAUCGUCUCAGCAGCUAGACAGUGCUGCAUUGACUCUGGCGGCUAAGUAUUCAUACAUGCCGACCCCCGUUCUCCCUGCGCAGACUGUCCCUCAAUACUCUCCUUCACAGACAGCACCUACUGGAUACACCCCCCCGUCGACCCUUCCUCGCCAGGACCCUGGCAAUAUCUUUGCAGACCCCCCACUCCCACCACUACCCGCACCAACCUCGGGUCCCUCUGAUUCUUCCUACCGUCCCGCCGGCUUUAUCUAG